AGGGCAGAGUACGGGUGCCAUACGCGCGGAACACAGAAUUGGUUUGUGGGAUAGGGAAAUUUCCCAUCAUCGGCCUAUUUUUCGUCUCCUCUUGUACAAAGCCGGUGGAUUGAAUGCUUUCUUUAAGGUAAGUCUUUUUAUCCUAAGUACCUGAAAAAACGCAAUUUGAUGAGGUAGAAGGCUUGGUUGACCGCUUGACCGGCCGCAAGAAACCUUAUUUUAAGUUCAUUAAGACUACUAGUCUUAUGAACUUUUAAAAACGUCAAAAAUCCUUGCCAUAGAUUUGCGCUGACAUUUGAAUAAUAUAAACGGUUUUUAAAUCUGAAUAGGCAAUACAAAUGAAGAGUAUUUACAUCAACCAUUUGCUUGAUAAAUAGAAAAGAGAAACAAAUUGGCCUGUGAACACUUGAGAGAGAUCAAAUAAACAUAAGCUUAUAAUUAUAACUAUCACCAGUACGAUUCCUUUCAACAUUGGUCUUGACUACACAAUCUAUGGCUUUUACGUAAUGUGAGCACUUCAAAUAUUUAGUUUUGAUGCCGGUGUGGUGAGGUGUGACAGAUAUUGAUGAUUUGUAGCAAUCAGUUCAUUUUGAAAGAAUAUGACGGAUCUAUUAUGCACCUAUCAAUGUCAUGCGGGGGAGGGAGGCAGUGCAUGGGGUGGGGAUUUGAUUGUCUUUGUUGGCCCUGGGGUAGGGCAUUUGACUGAUCUUAUUGUCGCGAGGUGGGGGGGGGGAUGUUUGGAUCUUUCUUCGCCCAACGUGAAGAUAUUUGACUGCCGACUCAGACGAAAAAGACUGAGACUGAACAUUAUGUUUCCUGCUUCCACGCUUCACGCAUGUGCCUCAUGGUCUGGAAAAAUCUGGAAAUCAUUGAGGCCAACGGGAACAAGCGAAAGCUGAGUGGAUUUCACUGUUUGUCUUCAAAUUUCGUUUGUUUUAGCGUGUUUUUGAUCGAUUGAAUCUCUUAAGAUACUGUGGUAUCAAAGUAAACAGAAUUGAAGAGAAACAAAGUCGAUUCUUGCAAGUACAAUUGAUCAGUGUAUGGCUCAUUCGCUGCAAUCACUUUAUAAAGCUUGUAAAACUGACUUUCUUUGCACCCUUAAUUAAAAUACUAAGAAUGGUAUAUUUAAACUUACAAAGUGUGGACUUUCUCCUGAAAGGUUUCUAUAUUCUAUGCAGUGUAACACGGAUUAUAGUUAAAACGUAUAAUUGCAGCUGUAACAGGAACAUGUAUCUUUGGUGAUGCAGCAAUGUUUAUAAAUGAAGAUUGCAGAGUUUUAUUUGGAGAUAUUUUCAUUGUGCCUUUCUUGGGUUCUGCCUUGGAAUAUUUGGUAGCAAUGUGCAGCCCAGGGUGGGGAAAUUUGGUAGCAUUUGACUGGAAUGAUUUGCCUGUGGGCAGGGAAUUUGACAGCAAAUUUUUAAAACAGUCAAAUCUCCACCCCAUACCCUGCCUCCCCACCGCUGGCUUUACAUUGAUAAGUGCAUUACAUCAGCAUGGAAAUUUUGCACCCGUGAUUUGCUCCCCCCCCCCCCCCAGUGAUGACCAGGGUAAUAUGGGGGCUUUCACUUCAUAAUCACUCCAUUUUUGUUCCCUGGUAGGCGGGAGAUAUGCUAGAAAUCACGGUCCUCACCUCCCUGACCAGGGAAUAAGCAAGGCAGUCACUCUGUGGUCAGGGUUUUCCUUUUUGUGGCGUGUACUAACUUUGCGUACAUUUUUACUGCUUCUUUGCAACUAAGAACAGAGUAGCAAAGGGUUUUAAUAUGCAUGACACAUGAUUAGGCCUAAAUUUAGCACAUGAUACGUGAAAUGUCCCCAAAAUAGGAAUGUGAUCUGUGAAUCCAGUUAUGCAUGUGAAGCGGGAUUUAUCUCUUAAGAUGUGCAGGACUUGUGAAUCAUUUGUCGCAUUUCAUGAAAAUCAAUGAUAAAGGAAAGUUAGAUUGAACAGUGCCGUUGGUUUCAUUCUUUGCAUUAUAUUUUUGUCGUGGUUAAUAAUUUUGCCAAAAGACCAGACCUUAAAAACCUCAUAUGACCAGUGAUCUUCGGGAUCAAUUCGUCCACUGCAGCAGUUCUCGUGUUCAUUGCAUUGGGGGUGUUGAUGUGUUUCCAAUUUACCACAUUUGCGACUGCUUGUUAAUGCUCUUUAAGAUUUCCCUACCAACAUUGAAAUAAGAGGAGAAGCAGUAUGAAGCCGCGAUCAGCAAAUAAAAUGUGAAUUGUGCUGAGAUUCCUGACACAUGAAAAUUGGUUUAGAACCAACGUGAUUUGUUAAAUUUGUCAAAAUUUGUAUGUGAAAUGGGACCAUGACUCCCCCUUUUCUACCAUCUAAGAAAUGUGCUUUGAAAAUUUAAAGUGUCUGUUGACGUGGCUUACAUAAAACACGUCGUAAAUAAGACACAAGCUGUACCAUUUAUUCGAGCAUAUAAGGAGUGUCUUAGCGGAGUUGUGUCUUAUUUAAACAGCAAACACAUUUUUUGCACUAUUCAUAUGACAAUUUCAUGAGACGUGUCUUAUUUUGCCCAACGUUGUAUCAUGGAAAUAACAAGAAAGACACUCAUAAUGAUUAAGUUAUUCUAUAAAAACUCCAAAAGACUGUAAAACAUGAUUUGAAAAAUUAUAAAAUCACAGCAAAACUGCCAAAGUUUAAUCAGCCACAGGAGAAGUGAUAGGAGCAAGAUUGACACACUUGGUUAAGUGCAUUUACGUCAGCCUUCUGUGUGAGAAGUCCCAUUAAUUUUUCGAUUCCCAGGUGUUGCUUCAAAUCCAUGUUUCAACUUCCUUUCUUUCUGUGUAGCUUUAAGUAGCUUUAUAUAUGUUGUAGUUAAUUUGUUAUUUCAGUUUUUUUUUAUCUUUCCAUUGUUUUGUGGUAUGAUAAUGUAUGCUAAUGAAUUUGAAACAAAGGGAAAACAAAAAUUAACUGAAUAAAAAUUUAACUCCAGCAUGCAUAAGCACACCGUUACUAUCAUGAUCCACGUAGUUUAAACUUUUUUUGCUGGGAUCCUUGCUGUUUUACUGGUCAUAUUUUUUUACUUGCUUGCAUUGUUGUUGUUUUAUAUGGAAUGACCUUUUGUUUUUGUUGGAUAAUAGCUGCUGUUUUUCUUUGUGUUUUCAUGACUACGUAUAGUUUUUUAUUGACCAAUGUACUGAGAAACUACAAAACUGUGAAAUUGUACAAAAAACGUGUCUGAAAUGUUAUUGUGUUGCAGUGGAUUAGAGCCAAUCAUGCAGGCCUGGGAAUAUAAAAACCACAUGAGCAGCUAUGCUAGCAUAUAAUUAGUUUCUUGUGAUGUUGUAGCUGGCUUGCAUGUCCUGAUCUUCACUGUUAUUGGUCACAGCACUUUCAAUGAACUUUGCUUUCCAAAAACAUCUUUCAGGUGUUCAAUGUUUCAUUAGCUUGACCAUAAGCAAGUCGAUAAUAUUGUACCAAAAAAAAAAAAAAAAAAAAAAACAGCCCUUUACUAUACAACCUGCUGGAAAGCGAAUGCUGAGUUUUUUUCUUAAGGCUCUAAAGUCUGACUGCUACUCCCAAAACUAAAAUUGAUGUUCAUCUUUUGACUUUUUUGUAUUUCAGGCACUUAACAGCCACGUGAUCAAGUGCAGUAUUGAACUGUCAUGAUCAUAGUCUCAAUGAUGUUAGAAGUCAAAUGUGGCUCUCUUUUGAGAGCCACAAAUAUUUUGUUUUGUUUCAAAACCAGUGAGUGAAGAUAAACAAGGCUAUUUUCAAGAUACAUGUUAGAAUAUCCAUCUUCAGAAUAAUGCCAGGAUUUUCUGUGAAAAUACUGACGGAAAAACUUCCUGGUUCAAAAUUUCUUUGUGAAUGGUGUGGAUCCCUGUUGCGAGGGGCAAAAAAGGCAAGCUGUGGUCACUUCUUUUGUAGUUCAUGUGUUGAUAAUCUACUUUGGUAAGUAGAUAUAAAAUAAUUUUUUUUCUUGAUAGGGUGAUUUUACUUAUAGCCCAUGAAAUAGGUAGUAGAAUACUAUGCACUAUUAUGCACUAAUUCCAUUGUCUUUUUUUGUUUACCUCUUACUAUUUUGCAAUAAUUGUCAGUAUCUGACAGUUUCACAGGUCAAGUAAAAUCACUCUAAGAUGCUUUGAUGCAGUGGAAAGCUGUUGCAAAAGCAAUUUAAUAAAUAAAUAAAUUCUACGUGCCCUCAGCUGUCUAAACUUGACGGUCACUUUUCUGAUCUGCGGCACAUUUACGGUGACAGUUUUCACACUUUGGUGUGGUGUUCUGGAGUGGAAAUGAAAAUUUAUGAGUGAUCGUUGCAAGCUCUCCUUUCUCUCCCCUGCUCGCUGCUUUCGCGUCUCCUCUCACAUGCCUCUCGCGUGUCUACUUUUCUUGAUAUCCCCCAAAUGGAGAGCUUGCUCUCAGGCUACUCUGCUUAUGUCUCUGACUCAGACCCCGUUGCCAGUGAAAACCAUGUUGAGAGUGGAACGUCAAGUAUAAGAUCUUAAAAAUUGACUUGUGGGGUGCAACAGGGAUCAGUUCUGGGUCCUAUUCUCAAUUUGCUAUACACGACACCUACGACUGAUAUCAUCAAGGCCCACAAAGUAGAGCAUCAUUUUUAUGCUGAUGAUAUACUCAGCUCUAUGUUACCUUCCAAGUGUGAUUUCCUGGAGGAUGUUUACUUGGCAAGGACUAGGGUCGAAUUCUAUACUCACUUAAGCAGUCGCUUUGGUAAUGUUGAAACUUUUGUCUGAUCAGCGAUUAAUGUUACUUUCUGUUAAUAUGCCCACAUUAGCAAGUAUCUUUUAACAUAAAAGUGUUCUACCUCUCCCCCUUUGGCCCUAACAAGAUGGGUUAUUUCAUUCAUAUCACCCCACAAUCACUAAAUAAAUAUUGCAAACCCUGGGGAUGUAAGAGACUGUCCUUUUUUGUAGUAACACUAACAUCAACCAGCCCCCCCUUCCCUUAAAGGCAAAUCAACAUAGUCUCCAAGUUAUAACAUGGUUGUAGCUCAGGACAUUAUAUUGAGUCUUACAUGAGGAACACACCACACCAAAAUUUGCUUUUUUGACAAAAAGCUCUUGUCAGUGAUUUUGGGGGUAAUGGAUUCAAUUUCAAUAUAAAGAAAGAGAGCUCAAAAUUCAAUUUGGUGACCCAUAUGAGAGCCUGGAGAUUUGUGCCGUAUCUGGAAGUCUCCCAGAUAAUUCAGGAAAGAUACCCUUACAACGAAGAACAACACUUAGUUACUGUACCUGUAUGGUGGCCAGUUGUGAAAAGGUUUGACUGUGUGUAUACAAGAUACAUUUAUUUUUUAUGUACGCUGACACCGUUGAUUUAUGUUCAUAUUUAUUCCAGUGAAAAUCCAGGAAGAGUGUCAUAUUGUCCAAGAAGCAACAGGCCACUAUUUCACGAUGUCACAGAGGUACAGUAAUUUAUAAUCAUAUUGAUUCUCCCAACUCAAUUGGGGCAAGGAUGUGGGAAAGGAGUUUUAGAAUUUGCACAGCAAGAUAAUUUAUUAUGGAGAAAAAUACCUUGAGUAGACAGGGUACGGGGAUUAAGCAGAAAUUAUUUUGAGCAAUAGUUUUCUCUCCCUUUUGACUUCUGUCUCUGUGAAGAAGGAAAUCAGUUCAUUUGCUGCCGAUACAUUUUUCAGUUUUGUGCAGAAAUAUGUAAAGAUGCAUGCAGCAAGGCUCAAAAUUAAAAAAAAAAGAAAAGAAAAGAAAGAAAAAAACUUAGGCUGCAUUUUUGAAAACAAACUUGUCAACAAAGAAUAAAUUAAGGUCACCAGAAUUUAAGGUACAGCCACUGAAAUGACAGAAAUGUACAUAACUUGUACUUGUGUCCCUUAUGAAAAGUUAAAAUAAAAAUAAUAUAGGAGGCCUGUGCAAUGCAAUCCUAUCACAGGCUUGAUGAACAAGCAUUAUGUAAUUAGAGAGAGGCAAACAAAGCUGUGUCCAGAUCAGGACUUCUGAUAUUUUGCGCGGUCGCGGAGCUGCAAAAUUCAGGUAAAUCUGCAAAAUCCCUCGAAAUUCACAAAAACACGCAAAAUACUGUGAAACUCGGUAAAAAUCUCAUCAAAUGCAUGUCUGUACAACAUAUUUGAAACUUAUUUCAGCUAUUGGGAUUUAGUUACUUGCUGUAAACUUGCAAAUUUAUCCUGAAACUUCGUCCCUGAAACGUGCAAACAAUGUCCUGAAACUACCUGGCAUCGAUUAUGUUGCAAAAAACUGGGCACUAGCCAUGAUGUUAAAGGCUUUGCUAUUGGUUCAUUUCUUGAGCGUGUUGUUGUUGAAAGAGCAAAUGAUAACCUCUGUUAGAAAAACUUUAAAAACACUGGUCUGAUCAGCACAAAACCGAUUGAUUUCCAGCGAAAUUUGCCUUGAAAAUAACCACAAAAUCGGCCAUUUUUUACUGAUUGCUUUUUGGCAAAGUUUGCCCUGAAAUUUCCUGCGAAAUCAGCCGAUUUUUCUGCGAAUUUGUCCCCAAAUGGCUUUUUUCUCUGCGACCUAUCAGAAGCCCUACCAGAUGCGAAAUUGGUCCAGUCAGAUCAAGAUGGCAGAUUAUAGAUUGGGAUUUUCCUGAAAAUUCAAAGGAAUAGAACAAACUUAAAGUAGGCAGCAAGAGAUUCAUAGAUUGAAAGGCACUCCUGUGGGGACUGGUUGAUGGAAAAUAAGGGAGGAUCACCCUACAAGUUUCUAUUAUUAGAGGAGUCUCAUGGACUAAUUAACCAAGAAACAUUUCUGAGGGACCACGAAAAGCGUAUUUCAGUUCUUUGAGUGACCAGUGAGAAGUUUAAUAGCUAUGAGGAUAUAGUGUCGACUUUUAUUUGCAAGCCCAUUUUUGCUUUUUCCUCUAUUGUAUGUUUCAUCAAACAAAGUAUGCAAACCAGGGAAAGUAUAGCCAUGAAGAUGGCCUCUUAAUUUACUCAUUUUUUCUUUGCCUUGUAUCAUAAUUUAUGUUUCAUUAAAAGGUUAGGUUAGGUUAGGGUUAGCAAGGAAAUUACUACAGAUGUAUUAUCCUUUUUAACACAAAAUCACUUUCUUUGAGUAGCCAGCACAAUAUGUAUAAGCACUCAGGGCUGUCAAAAAGUUUUUAGGUACCAGGCUAGUAAUGAAUAGUAGGCACCUUUGGAACUCAGACCAAAGGCACAAGUUCUUGAGGGCCGCGGCAUCUCGGGACAUUUUGAAAUUUAGACUCUUGGAUAUGGCAUUUUCAGUGGUUUUCAAGAUGUAUUUUCCACCGUGGACGCAAUGUUUUCGUCAGAAUACCCGCAAGAAUGGGAACAAUGCCGUCGAAAUGCCCCAGGCGUUCCUCGACAUCGCACGGUUCACACGUUUCCCAGAGCUAAACCUUUUAAAUAUGCAUUCAAUUUCAUUCAAUGGUGCUUAUUUUUGUUAGCAGUUGUAGUAGAAGGAGAUGAAAGUAGCAGGCUAAAGAUGCCUAACUAGCCGGCGGUUUUGGCCGGCUACCAGCCCUUAUUGACAGCCCUAACGACUAGGUAGAGAUUUUUGCUACUCAAUUGCUGGAACAUCCAGCAAUGCUGUGCUCACAUUUUGUACAGUGACUUGGGAAGUUGUGGUGCAAAAUCUUAUUUCUGCAUAAUAAAUGGGCUAUUUUCAUUUGAUUAUGAUUAAUUUUGGUACUACCAAAUUUGUGCCCAGCAGUACGUUGCAUAGAUGUUGUUCUUCUAAGGUUAAGGGUCUGUGGGACUGAGCCUUUAACCCUUUAGCCCCAGUAUCCACAUACAAAUUCUCCAAACUGAUCUCCAUACAUUUCCUUUAAGAAUUAGUUGAGAGAAUAAAAUAUUAAUAAAACAUCAAGGCAUUUUCUCUUUCAUGAUCAUUUUUUAUAUUCUCACAACCUUAUCUCUUGACAAUGUAUUGACACUAUUGGCACUUAAAGCAGGACUUAAAGGGUUAAAAAGGGUUUCUUGUCACGUAGGUUUUUUACAAGUCUAUGUAAAGUGCUGUUCUAUUCUGUACUUAUUACUAUUGAUUAAUGCUGUGAAAGACAAGUGUUCUCACACAAUAAUGUUUGCACGCAUACCAAAAUGUGGAUAAUAUGCAUGACCUUAUAAAGAUAUUUCUUUUCAGUUUUGGCCUGCAGAUGCAGCCUUUUGUGAUGAAUUGCAUGAUUUGGGGGUUCAUUGUAAAGAAUGUUCUUGGAGUGGAAAACUGCAGAAUUUUGAGGUGUGUUUAAUGAAUCAGUUGUAUAAUCUAAAAUUUUCAAAAAAAUGUGUUAAGUCUUAUUGGGGCUUAUAAUAAAAUUUUAAAGCUUUUCUUUUUGGCUUACAGUGUACAUGGGGGCUCAUAUAUCAGGAGGGCCAUAGCUUAUCAUAAUAUUAUUUAUAUUUAUUUAUGUGGCGAAAUAAGUUAAUGUUUACUUAAUAAUAGCCUAUUACAUGUAGUAGUAAGAAGAGAAGUAAUUAUUAAAGAAUAUUACAAAUACGUUCAAACUAUAUUUAUUGUAUGUUCAUGCAGUCGACUCCCUUUAUAGAGGACACUUUAGGGCCUCAUUAGCAAGAGUCCAUAACAGUGGGAGUUUAGUUCAGUCAAAUGUCUGUAAUUCAGUUUUUCCUCAGAUUUAGCUGCUGUCCAUAUUAUUGGGGUGUCCGUUAUAAUGGGGUGUCGGCAAGGAAAGAGUUGACUCAGUGAUUCUAAUUAUAAAGAGCCUCCUUCACACUCCCCUGGCCCCAGCUUCAAGCACACUCAGUUUUCUGGGUAAAGUGCUUUCAAUAAUUAUUAUCUUGGUUACAGUUUAUUACACGUUAAAACCCUUUGCUCCCUUUGCUCUCUUUAUGGUAGUUUCCCUCAGCCGUUUUUAGUGUCGUCACACAACGCUCCUCCCCACAAUGUGUCUCCCUACAAAUGGCUGUUCGCAUUCAAGCAACUUUCCUUUCCCUUUGUAGUCUUAGGAGGAGGAGUGUUGCGUGACGACACUAAAAAUAGCUGUGAGGGAGACUACCUUCAAAGGUUUGCUUUUCAAUUCUCCAUUUUCACAUGGGUCAAAUGGACCUUGUUUCUUCCCCCCAAAAAAUUUUGCAUAACCAUUGUCUUUACUGUAAUACCCAGGAGAAAUUGGAAUAAUAAUAAUAAUAAUAAUAAAUAACAAUUUAAUAACUUGUAGAGCGCUAUUUACAUUCACUGAUCAACAGCACUUAACAACUUCAACUAAAAUUCAAAUUUAUAAAACUAAUAAUAGUUAUGGUUAUGCAAUUUUUCUUUGAGGGGGGUGGGGGGGGAGGCGGUAAACAAGAUGCAUUGUAGUUUAUGCAAAAAUGGUGAAAUUAGGUAAAGAAAAUGCAUUUGCCAAGCAGGUUUUCAGUCAGUGAAGUACAUGUAUCUACCAUCUCUUAUAAUUAGGGAACAUACAAUGUACUUUGCAUACUACUUCUCAAACUCAUUAAUAAUUCAUUAAGAAAAUACAAAGGAAAUUAAUGUUUAAUGAGUGUUUGGAAAUCGGAUGAAACACUGCUUAGUAUUUGCAUCCUUAAUUUCUCCUUCAAAAAUGAUUUUGUUUGAGAAGAAAUAUCUAACAUUCGACACAGUGUUUCAUCACCAGAUGAAACACCUCGAAGUUCGUCAAAAAUACUCUGCUGCGCGUCGUAUUUUCAGCUCUCUUCUUGGUGUUUCAUCUGGUGAUGAAACACUGCAUCUCAUGUUUGAUAUAUUACUUCAAAUUCUUAAUUCAGUGGAUUUCCACUUUGUUUUGGCAGAAAUCACAUAUGCCUAAAACACCUUUCCUGGCAGUUAUGCCGGAUUAUGUAUAAACUUUCAGCGCUUUUUAAAUUACCUUUGAAUGUUCUUAUUCUUAAGGAUCAUCCAUUCUUGAAUGGAGGGCUUUAAUAUAUUAUUCUUUUCUUUCGUUCCUGAAUGACUGUUAAAUUUUGUCAUUGUAAUUUUCUUGAGCUUAAUUCAAAUUGCUCAUGAAUGGCUUUAAUUUAUUGCCAUCAGCACCAUUCAGGCACUUGUGAUUUUAACAGCUACCCAAAACAACAGGAACAGUUUGUUAGAGAGGAAAAUCCCUGUAGUCAAAAGGAGGUUUACAGCAAUGAAGUGGAUGGUUAUUGUGAGUUGUUGAAACUUGGAGCAGCUAGCUGUGUGGUGAGUAUUUUUCAUAAAUAUAUUUCAGGGGUUAGAAUGAGUUUGCCUUAUUCAGUUAUACCCUGUUGUAUAAUUAUUGUCCAUUUUAUAAACUAUUUUCGUAAAAGUGACACAGUAGUCUUCUUUUCACUUUAAUAUUCUCCUUCCUUCCUCUUACGCUAUCCUUGCCACAUUUUUUCUCCUUUGCUGGGCCUUUAUAAGGCUUCGUUUCUUUGGGAAAGCUUUUAGCAUCUUAGGAUAAGUAGAUGAAAAGGAAGGAAGGUAGGUAGGUAGGUAGUCCAACGAGAAUUUCAUGCGUAUUGCACUGCAGUAUUGGUGUUUUCUGCAUGUUACAGCACGUAGUAAUACUAAUUAACAUAAAUCAACCAUAUAGAAAUUUGUGACUUCUCAGCAACUACUAAAAGAAGAUCAGCUUGCCAUGUUGGUACCAUAUUUUAGGAUUUUGUGUCACAUUACACCAUUUCUCCAAAGAACAUUCUAAGUGUGACUUAUGAAAUUCUUACUCUAUACAGACAGGACAACAGCACCGUGUGGGGACUAAUGACGUCAACAGCAACUGUACAGAAGAGAAAAAACAAGGCAAUGAGCGUAGUCAAACAGAGGGCAAGAACAAUCAGCUGGAUGAUGAGUUGUUGAAACCUGCAGUGACUAGCAAUGUGGUGAGUUGUUCUGAUGCAGUGUUUUAUUCUACUCUUGGCUUCUCCUGUUGUUAUAAGCGUGAUGGGCUGGAAUUCCCCUGUAUGAUGAGUAAUUUUCAGGUGGAUCAAUCUGGCUUUUUAUAGUUUAUUAGAUAAACCAAACGCAUAUCGUGACUGGUCAGUGGCUAUAUUGUGAAUAAAAAAUUGUUUUCUUUAUAUAUCCACGCAAAAUUGUUCAACUUUCUUUCUGGAGCGGGAAAUAAAGUAACAAUUACAGUGUUUUUAUUUAGGAAAAAAUGGAAGUCUAAGGAAACUAGGCCUUUAAUAGUGGGUCGUUGUAUACAGGUUCCCCCGUACUGCAUCAAACUGUUUGAUGAGGACUAUCGGAAGACUCUAAGGCUGUUAAGAAUCGGAAGAAGCAAGGAGGGGGUAGCUGUGAGGAGGCGCGUACACUGUAUUUGAGCCCCAUUUCAUGGAAUCUCUCUUAUUUUCACGUACUUUGGAUGGUGUCGUAGUGCUGCACAAAACAAAGAGCAGUACAAGGCUCAUAUUUGACGGUUCAUGCAGUUUUAGUCGGUAUAGGAUAAAAUAUUUGCAUCAGAUCUGUAUGGGGAUUUGCAUCAUUAUUUUCCACUGUUAAUGCCCAUACUGUGCUAUGGCUGAUCUUUUGUUCAUUAUUUGUUUUUUCCUAACCUGUGCAGGUCACUGAAAAAAGCAAACCGUUACAUUCAUUCUGACCUCCAUGAUUAAGGUUCCUGUGUUUUCUGCGUGACACUGUUUUUGAUGUGUUACUGAGUUUAAAGUGGACCAAUAAGUCUGUAUUUGGUCCGUGGGACAUUCCGCUUCCGGGUUGUUUCUAGAGUCACCAUAGUCUUGAACUUUGAGCUGACCUAACGUCCACGGAUAAAUAAGAGAAAAGCAUAAGCUUCAAAAGGUAUUGGUAGUUACGAAAUGUCUUAUUGUUUUUGAAUGAAGGCAUUUUAUAUCUACUAGAUAAUCUACCAUGAAAUGUACCAGUGCUUAACAACUAGAAAUUGUUAAGUUUGGUUUUUACAGACCUCGAUCGUUUAUUGCUUUUGUGGGUGUUGCAGGACUAAAGCAGCCUGAUUUGACCUUUUUAAUUACAAACAGCUUGUAAUCAGACAGCUACAUGUAUACAGCUAUGUCAUGAGCAAAGCCGUCCAUAGGCAAAAUUGUUGGGUUAUGUAUGGUUUCUGGCUGUUAGAAUGUGUUUUGCACCUAGAAAUUACCACCAACAAUGUAUUAUUUGUCUGUUUCCAUAAGAAAUGACUAAUGUUCCUUUCAGAGGGACAGCGACGAUGACCCUAGGCGUCUUGAGGCAUCUGGUGGGCAGCUGGGAAAAUGUAAAUACUGCGAAGUCCAAGUCAAUCCCAGUGUGAUGGAGGUAUCUUAAGCCCGUGCAAAAGGACGCAACAUUAUUAGCCAACAACUCCCAACAUUGUUGGUUGUUACAUGUUGCGUCCGUUUGAUGACUCUGUUGCAUAUUGUUGCAUGUUGUUGGAAGUUGUUCAUGCGCAAAGUUUGAAACCAGUCAAACAUAAUAAGCCAACAACUCCCAACGUUUGUUUUGUUUCGUUAUCCCCGAAGCGUAGCGCAACAAUGUUGGAUCCGUUUGCACAGCUCUUUCAACAUUAUUGCGGCCACCCACGUGCAUUACAUGUGUUGUUCUCGUUGGAGUUUACACAAUCCUAUGGGUUGUAUCCUUCUAAUGAUGCACUGCAGGUCUCACUAUUUUUGACAGUUGUUUCCUCCGUUUGCAAUCAAUGCCAACACGCACACAACAACUCCUAACAUUGUUGGCCUAGCAAUAUUGGGGGUUGUUGCGUCCGUUUUCUGCGUAGCUUAAGUCGGCUUGUUUUUCCAAAUGGCCAUCCGGCCCAUUGAGGUGGGUUUUUGCUGUUCUAUUGCUGUUCUCUUGUUCUUCUGCCAUAUUUUAAGGCUCUGGUUCUGCUAUUUCUUCCUGGAAGAAAAAAAAAACGUGCGACUGAAAUUUUCCUGCCAUUUUCUCCAGCUCCAAAACAGCUACCAAAACAACCAAGCAAACACAACCUUGUGGCCAGGUCUUCUCGGUUGCCGUGCCUUUUUCUAGCGAUAUCCUGCACUAUUGACGUCAUUUUACCGCCCGGAUAUAACAGGCGUCUUCUAAAUUUUGGUCAGCGCUGGUUAGUUCUGAAAAAUUAGCUCCGGGAUUUGAGCCAUUUAUAAGCGGAGAGUACUUUAAAUGAAUAAUAUACAACUUUCCCCCGAAGGGGUGGUGAAUGGUGGUGAAUAGUGGUGGUAUACCGAGACGCAAAGGGUCGAGGUAUAUAUCAAGCACUGUCCACCGACCCUGAGGGGGAUAGUUGUUUUGGAUAGUAUUUACCAAAUCAGUUGGAUAAAAAUCAAAAAGGAAUUUUUUGUAAAUAACGGACUUCACUUAGUUAGAGUUUGUUUACGUUGCAAUUGAUAGUGUUUCGGGGAUUAUUUUUUAUUGAUUUUGUUCCAAAUUCAGUAAGAAAAUUUUUUUAUACCCACCAGUAAACGCUGAAAAGCCAAAUUUUGUCUCCUUCUUUGUAUUUGUUGGUGCAGCUGCUUCAUUUACCGCUAAAAUUUCAUCUUUCGAAACUGUCGCGAAAUGAGAAGCCAUUUUGAAUCCCGCCCCAAAACAGUGAGGAUAUUCCGAGUUACGGGGAGCCAACCAGAAUGCGCGAAAAUCGCUAUCCGCUGAUUUGGUGAAUACUAAUAAAUAAUAUGUUUUAGUCUAUGAAUAAUAAGAAGAUGCUGUCUUACUCUUGCACGCGUAAAGUAAAGGAAGUAAAGGAACAUAGAAUUAUCCCUGGCUGGAUAUUUCAAGGUCAGUUAUCCCAUACACCUAACUUGGUGUUAGUCCUAGUCGUUAGACAUUUGGGACCGUGUGUGGCAAAGAACGAAAGGCGGGUCGCUCAACAUGUUUCGUAUUUCCUUUGCAGCUUCAUUAUAAAGAAUGUGAGGCAUUAUUAGUUGUAAUUGACAAAUGUGGAAAGGACAACAAUCACCAAGAAAAGGUACUGUGAGUACUGUAAUCGCUUUUUCAUGAAAAAGGUCUUUCCGCACUAUUAGCAACAGUAGCCUUGGUCACUGGAGUUCGAGAGAAGGGGAAGGUAAUUUGGGCGCGAGGCAGAAUCCCCAGGUUUCCUCGUGCGCCCUUAGCGCCUCACACGCGCCCGAGAUCUCCUUUCCCUUCCCUCGAACAACUGCCACGCAGGCUACUGCAUUAAAACGUCUACUCUAUUGUAAGUGAUUUUUAAAAUUGUAGCUUUUGAAGCAGUAUUUCCCCGUAUAAAUUACGGUUUUAAACCCUUUUCUGACAGGGCCCUGAACAAUUCAAGCAUUAAUUAGUAGUAAGCGAGUAAAUGUAAAUUUAUUGUUGGUAUUCAUCUUUUGUAAUGUAGCGAUAUGUCAAUAAAUUUGGUUUAUUUUGCCCUUGCAGGUAAAAGAAAUGAAUUACAAGACUUCCCUUUUGCCUUUAUCACGGAAGGUAUUGCCAGCUUGCAAUUUGGUAGGUGAAAGAGAGCAAAUCACAUCCAUGGAGAAAGACGUAUCUCUAGCAAAUGCUGACAAUCAGGGCGCAUCGUCUUACCACUUCCCUGACGAACAAAACAUUGUACGUAGGCUACGUUUCCUUGAGAACAAGGUUGCUCAACACGAUUUCCUUUUCGAGGAAAAUCGCCAUUUGAAACAAGAGAUCCAACGCAUUUCCUCUGCUCUCUGUGAUUUUAAACGAAAAAUAGAGUGUAUUGAAGAAAUGUCUGCUGAUUCACGUUGCUGGCGAAGUGACUGUUUUAAAGCCAUUUGGGAGACGUUUGAGGCUUUAAAACUUAAUCAAUCUGCUUUGCAAGCCCAAAUGGAAAACCCUGCCUCACGUGAACUUCAUGUAAAGCUAACAAGAACCAUGAGGAGCAUUGCAGCUAUGCAGGAACAAAUUCGGAACUUAGAACAACAUACCCUGUCACAUGGGAAUAUGUUAGGUAAUCUCUCUAAUGCGGUUACCUCCUUAGCCAAUGAGGUUCGGGAACUUCCUAGUGAACGAAUAUUUGACAUAGAAGGUGUCUGA